GUUUGUUUGCAGUUACCCCAUCCUAAACAACAACAAUGCCAAUGCCACCAGAUAGCUGUCCUCUCCUGUGCAAGAUGACGAAAUGGCACCGGACGGCAUCUCUAACCUAACCAUACCUCGCCGCCCUCUCUCUCUCUCGCUUGCCGGCCGUGUCGUCGUCGUCGUCUUCAUCCAUAUAUUUCUCUCACUGCACCCGUCUUCUCUGCUCAUGCAUGGCGUCUGGACGCAUGUUCAGGUGUUAGGUUGCACUAGCUAGCCAGCUAGGUAGCUCGUGCCUCGUUGAGGGUUUGCUGCUGCUGCCGGUGAGUGAUGGAGGUGGAGAGCAGGUACGUCGCCGUGAGGCACCACGUGGAGGGGUUCCCGUCGGAGGACGACUUCGAGGUGAAGAAGGUGAAGGUGAGGUGGACGCCGGAGUCCGGCGAGGUGCUGGUCCGGAACCUGUGCCUGUCCAUGGACCCUUACCAGCUCAACCGCAUGAAGCGCCGCAGCGCGUCCCACCACGCCGUCGACGGCAUCGUCCCUGGCGAGAGGAUAGAGUCGUACGGCGCCGGCGAGGUGGUGGCGUCGGCGUGCGACGAGUACAAGGAGGGCGACGUGGUCGCCGGCGUGCUCGGGUGGGAGGACUACACCCUGUUCCGCCCGUCCCCCGCCGUGCUCAUGUCCAAGCUCGCCGCGGCGCCCUCCGGCGACGACCUCCCCCUGUCGCACCACCUCAGCGCGCUAGGGACGAGCGGGAUGACGGCGUACGCCGGGUUGUACGAGGUGUGCAGGCCGGAGCGAGGGGAGAAGGUGUUCGUGUCGGCGGCGGCGGGCUCCGUCGGCAGCCUCGUCGGCCAGUUCGCCAAGCUCGCCGGCUGCUACGUCGUCGGCUGCGCCGGCACCAACGCCAAGGUUGACCUGGUGAAAAAUAAGCUUGGAUUCGAUGACGCUUUCAACUACAAAGAGGAGCCUGACAUGAGGGCAGCACUGAAGAGAUACUUCCCCGACGGGAUCGACAUCUACUUCGACAACGUCGGCGGCGAGACGCUGGAGGCGGCGCUGGCGACCAUGAACACCUACGGCCGCGUCGCCCUCUGCGGCGUCAUCUCCGAGUACACCGACGCCGGCGGCCGCCGCGCCGCGCCGGACCUGCUGGAGGUCAUCUACAAGCGCAUCACCAUCAGGGGCUUCUUCGCCUGGGAUUUCCUGGCGAGGUUCGGCGAGUUCGGCGGCGUCGUCGGGGACUGGAUCCGUCGGGGAAAGGUCCAGGUGGUGGAGGACGUCUCCGACGGCCUCGAGAGCGUGCCGUCGGCUUUCACGGCGCUGUUCCGCGGCGAGAACAUCGGCAAGAAGAUCGUCAAGCUGGCAUAGGAGUAAAAAAUACACAUCCAUGCCCCCGUGAAGCUAUCGAGCAUGUCAGUGGUUGUGUCAAAUAAAUUAGAUGUGACUUAAGGAUAUUUGCUGAGCGCAAAAGAAAGUUGUUUUGUUCAGGUAAAAGUAUGCAAUGCAUGAAGAAAAUGGCCUAACAUAAGAUAAUUAAGACAGCUGCCAUGUGUCUGAAUAGGGUGGUAACGGUCCAACCAUUUUACCUAUAAAAUUUUGCCUAUAAAAUAUAAAAUUUAAG